AUGGACGGUGAGAACGAAGCUUUUGGAUUUGACUUGGGGCUCAAUUAUUGGGUGUUGGGAAUUAUAAGAAGAAAAAGAGAUGCUCCACCAGCUGAUUACAUACUUAAAAUAAAGUCAUUCCCUCUUUUGUGUGAUAUACUUUCUAGUGCUGAUGUACAAAAUUACCAAUCAGGAGCCUUUGAAGUUGGUGGUUACAAAUGGAAAUUGUCUAUAUAUCCUAAUGGAGACUUGCAAAGAAAAGGAAAUGGUUAUAUUUCUCUUUAUUUAGCACUCGAAGAUGGAGAUUUACUUCCUCCUGGAUUAGAGAUUAGUAUAGAAUUUAAGUUAUUUUUAUAUAAUCAUAUUGAAGACAAAUAUUUGAUUGUACAAGAUGGUGGUGAGAGAGUAUGUCGAUUUCAUAAGUUGAAAACUGAACAUGGCUUCUCUCAAUUCAUCCCUAUUACUACGUUCAACAAUGCUUCAAAUGGAUAUUUAGUAAACGGCUCUUGUGCUUUUGGCGCUGAAGUUUGUGUUUUGAAAAAUAAAACCAAAGGGGAGUGUUUGGCAAGUGUAUUGGUUCCUGAUAUUCGCGGUAGUAAUUUCAUUUGGAGGCUUGCUUACUCAAAAUUGGAUUCCAGGAUCCAUUAUAGUAAAUAUUUCAAUGUUGCUGGAAGGAGCUGCUCUUACAAAUACUCCAUUAGCACAAUCAUCAAUCUCAGACAAAUUGAACAUUCUUGGUCACUUAGCAGCUAUGUCGCUCAGUUCACUCUUGAUUCUAGGGAGCAUUCCUUGGUGGAAGUACAAAGAACACUAUGUUCAAACUCGACCUCUUCUGAUGCUCGUGCAUUAGCAGGUUGA